CUAUCAAUCAGAUCGAGCAAGACGAACAGACCAGACGAGAGAUUGCCUUUUUAGCAGGAAAAGGUGAACGAUCGAUCGAUCUCUCUCGCAGUCGUCUUUGUUAAUUUAGCAGAGGACUUGGUAGCAUAAUUAGCUAGCUAACCGUUGCAUUAUAUUGCAUAUAAUUAGCUAGCUAGAGCUGGAAUCAAUGGCGCCAACCACGAACCAGAGCAGCGGGUCGGCGCCACUGACCGUGAACCCGGUGGUGCAGCGCGCCGUCGUCGGCGCGCAGCUGCCGACGACGUCGCCGUGCCGCACGCCCAAGUCGCCGCCGCCGUCGUACGGGAGCAUCGUCACCGUGCUGAGCAUCGACGGCGGCGGCGUCCGCGGCAUCAUCCCGGGCACCAUCCUCGCCAGCCUCGAGGAGAAGCUGCAGAAGCUAGACGGCGCCGACGCGAGGAUCGCCGACUACUUCGACGUAAUCGCCGGGACGAGCACCGGCGGGCUGGUGACCGCCAUGCUCACCGCGCCCAACGACCAGGGCCGCCCGCUCUUCGCCGCCAAGGACAUCAACGACUUCUACCUCAAGCACUGCCCCAAGAUCUUCCCUCCCAGAAGAUCAACAUCUUGCUGUGGAUGCAGCAUUCCAAUUGUGGGAUUGUUCCAGAGCAUGGCGGGGCCAAAGUACGACGGCAAGUACCUGCACUCGGUGGUGCAGUCGCUGCUCGGCGAUAAGCGAGUUAAUGAGACGAUCACCAACGUCGUCAUCCCCACCUUCGACAUCAAGCUCCUCCAGCCCAUCACCUUCUCCCGAUUCGACGCCCAGAUCGAUGUGUCCAAGAACGCUCUCCUGUCGGACGUGUGCAUCAGCACCUCGGCGGCGCCGACGUACCUCCCCGGCCACCGCUUCCAGACCAAGGACAAGGACGGCAAGCCCCGGGAAUUCAACCUCGUCGACGGCGGCGUCGCCGCGAACAACCCGACGCUGUUGGCGAUGACACACGUAAGCAAGCAGAUCCUGCUGGGUAAACAGGACGACUUCUUCCCGAUCAAGCCGGCGGACUACGGCAAGUUCAUGAUCCUGUCGCUGGGCACCGGCACGGCCAAGAUCGAGGAGAAGUACGACGCCGUUCAGUCCGGCAAGUGGGGGAUGAUCAACUGGGUCUACCACGACGGCUCGUCGCCGCUGAUCGACAGCUUCAGCCAGGCCAGCGCCGACCUCGUCGACAUCCACGCCUCCGUGCUCUUCCAGGCGCUGCACUGCGAGAAGAGCUACCUCCGCAUCCAGGACGACGAGCUCACCGGCGACACGGCGUCCGUCGACGUCUCCACGCCGGAGAACCUGAACCGGCUCGUCGACGUUGGCAAGGCGCUGCUCAAGAAGCGGGCGUGCAAGGUGAACCUCGAGACCGGCAAGAACGAGCCCGACAUGAGCAGGGGCACCAACGAGGAGGAGCUGGAGAAUUUCGCCAAGAUGCUGUCGGAGGAACGCAAGGCCAGGCUCCAGAAGAAGGCCUUCCUUCAGUAAACAUGGAUGCACGGACAUGCAUGCAUAUAUGCAUGUAUCGAAUACUAUUUGUGUAGCAAAUUCCCUCCCUGAACCAACAGCAUAAUCAUUAGUCGUAACCCAUGCAUGCAUUCGAACAGGCUAUAUUUCUAUUACAUUUGUACUUUAAUUUUGUUGGAAAAGUUAUACUAUGUAAACUUUGUUUGUCGUAUAUCUGGAAUAAAGUACUACAUAAUUUAAUUUUA